ACGGGGCUUUAGACAGUUUGCGUCACGCGUAGUUCGCGGUCUACGUCGGUAGCCGAGAGUUCGAUAAAUACACGCACUUGUCAAAUCGAUUUGCAAUGGCCGGGAUUAAAGAUUAGUACUGCUAGCAUUCGCUGGUUCCAUUGGAAUGACGUUUGUCAUUCUUGGCUGCGCGUUACCGAUAUAUAAAGUAUGGUGGCCAUUUUUCGUUGUACUAUUCUACAUAUUGGCACCUAUUCCAACUAUAAUAGCACGCCGCUACACAGACGAUUCGGGAAGCAACAGUAAUCCAUGUUUAGAGCUGGCAAUAUUUAUUACAAUGGGAUUCGUAGUGUCGUCCUUUGCUCUUCCAAUCGUGUUGGCGCGAUCUCCGGCAGAUCAGCCAGUAAUACAAUGGGGCGCUUGCUAUCUGACAUUAGCAGGUAAUAUUGUUGUAUAUUCAACUCUAGUCGGAUUUUUCAUAACCUUUGAUCAAGAUGAUACCGAUUACAACAUGUGGUGAGGUACUACUGCAUCGUACUUACUCAUCAUGAUAAAAAUGUUUUUUAUGAGAUUUAAAGGGGAAAAAAAUAUCAAUCAUGCAGUGCACUGACUGAAAGCUACAUGUUGAUUCUAAAUUAUACUAUGAAACUUACCGUACACAGUUUAUAUAAUAUAAACCUUAAUAUGGAUACUCUACUAUAUCGAUGCUGCAAAAAGAUAAUAGUAUUAUAGUGCACUAAUGAUAGAACGUGUAUCGACGAAAGUGACUAUGCUGGUACGGGCUGGUACAUAUGGAUUCCACGCGUGGCGUUACGGAGCGGCGGAAAAGCAAAAAUGCAUUUGAUGUCUUUAGAUAUUUCGUAUGGGACUAUUCAGGAUAAAAACCUGAAGCGCAACAAUGCAAGGAUAAUGUUGAAAAUAUUUUUUAUUUAAUCUAAGUCUUUCGUAAUAAUAAUGGUAAUAAAGCUAAAUUUAUUACUUCAUCUCAAUCUUUUCAAUCAUCCUCAGCAAAGCUGGCCAACAAUGUUCCCCCGAGGUCGAGUUAAAAUAAAAUAACUUGAAAAUCA